GCCACGGCAACAACCUAGGUAGGCGCAAUGCUAAGAUUUGCUGGCUGUCCAUCAAGUAGUAUAUAUCUUCCUGUGCUCUGCCCUCAUUUUCCGAGCUCCGAGCCGUGAUUCUCUUCCAUCAACCUCCCACUUCCACCUGUCACAAAACGCUGUGCAACGAACGCCCUACUCCGUACAGCUUCCCGAGAAAUCUCACGAAACAGAAAUCCCGCAAAAAUGGGCUCUCAAGCAUUCCAACAUUUCAAAAAUGCGCAGAAGGAAUUCAAACCUCCCUUGAUCGCCAACGAGAACGCCUAUCUCGGAGACGUUGUUAGCAGUGAGAAGAACGACCCAGAGAAGCCCAUCAGUGCCGGAUUUUACAGACUCGAGAAGGGCACACCUUUGGUCUACACCUACCACUAUGAUGAGAUGAAGAUCAUUGUGGAAGGAGAAUUUGACAUCAAGGAUGAAACUGGUCAAUCGGUUCAUGCCACCCCCGGCGAUGUCUUCUAUUUCCCCAAGGGCAGCAAAAUCACAUUUACCACUGACAGCUACGGCUUGGGUUUCUACUGUGGUCAGCGAAAAGAGGGUGGCGCCUAGACGCGGGCAAAUUAUGUGAAAGGAAAUAUUGUUGGUCAUGAAAUAGUCUUCAAAAUUCAAGCUGUUUCUGUUCGAUGCAACAGACAAAGAUUCUAGCUCUUCCUUGCUUUCUGACCCCGACGCCAUGAUUUGGCCAAUCCAAAAGAUGCAAGCGACGCCAACAUGAUGAG